CAUAGUAGUCAAACGAAAUGGCAUUUUCAACACAAAAGGAAUUUUUCCAUGUCCCCUUUAUGAACGAGACGGUCGACUAUGAGUGCCGGAAGGCUUGUGUCAAGCUGAAGACCUAUCAAUCGACCAUCGAUCAUCGCUCUUGGGCCAUGGAUGAAUCGUUGCAAUCGAGGUUCCUUUCAGAUUUGAUCACCUGCCAGACGCCGGUUGGCGGCUACGGUGAUGGUGAUGGUGACGAUGAGUAUGAUUAUGAUUACGAUGAUGAUGAAACGGGCGAAGUUGCACGAGCUCCUGGCCGUAAUCUUGGCUCUGGACGUGGGGGUGGUCGGGCAGGUGGACGCCCUAAAAGAGGCGUCGGUAGGCCAGUUCACACUGACAGCGGUUAUAUCGGCGAACCGGGUAUGAGAGGUGAUGAGGGAGCGGGACCUAGUGGACGUGGACGAAUAGGUGGCCCCGGAGGUGGUGGUCCUAGAGGCGGUGGCGGUCCUAGAGGUGGUGGGCCUGGAGGUAGUGGUCCUGGAGGUAGUGGUCCUGGAGGUGGAGGUCCCGUUAGUGGUGCUGGAGGGUUUUCCGGUGGUGGGGGCCUAGGAGGCGGUGGGCCCAGUGGUGCAUUUCCGGGGGGCGCUGAUGGGAGAGGAGCUAAGCUUGGUCAAAGUGGUCUUCUUACCACUGAUAGCGUAAUUGCUUGCGCCAGCGAACAAAUGGGAAGAAUGCAGGAAUUGUUACUGCACAAAAAGAAUCUCGAAAAACAAUUAGAGGUAUCGAACGAACGCUUAAAAGUAUCCAACAUGGAGAAUGAUAAGAUCAAAGAAAUUAUGAAUAAUAAAUUCGAUAGCAAUCAUUCGAAAGAUUUCUACAACAAAAUACAGAAGCUCACAUCAGGCGGCAAAAUCAAUAAGGGCGAGGAAAAUGAACUUUUACAGAUUUACAAUAAAUUCGAAGAUAUGAGCAAGGCAUACGAAAUAUUACAAGCAGAAAAUGCCUAUCUAAAGCGACUAAUGGAUAAAUUGUCUUUACGCGCAUCCUUCGAAGCACUAAAAGUAGAACCGGAAAAGAGCAACGAUAUUGCAUUCCUACAGAACGAGGUGAACAAGUUGCGUAAGGAGCUCUCCAUAUUGCGCAAAUUUGAAGAUGAUAAACUGAAGGGCACCAUGGAUAGCAAUCGGAAUAAAAUGUCUGAUCAUGAUGCUGAGACGCUCAAGGCGAUUGUUAAGGAGCGUAAUGCUUUGCGUGAGAAAUGCAAAACCUUCAAAGAUCUUGAGGCAAAGGUUUACGAGCUGCAGAAGAUAGCAAAGGAAGCCGAUAAAAUGUCUGAUAGUCUAUCGAAUGAUUUGGAUAGUCAAUCUAAACAUAUAAAUAAAAUGGAACAUGAGAUGAAGCAGAUGCAGGAUUACUACGAAGAUCAAAUAGCCAAUCAUAAGUUUAAUGAAGACAUACUUAGGUGUCAACUCAAAGAAAUGAAAGAAGAGCUAAUUCGUGCUCGCUGCAGUGCACAAAAAGCUGAGUGCUUGCAAAUGGAGAUCAGCAGUUUGCGGAACGAGCUGAUGCGUCGUGAGCUGGCUCUGAAUGACUACAACUGUCAGUACAACCAAUUGAUGAAUGUCAUUGAUGAGCUUCAGCAUAACGCCAUACAAAAUCUGCACGAUACCCAAACGCAAACCUGCACGGAUUAUAUGGACGAGUUGACCUUCUUCGCGCGCGCCACUUUGCACGAAAUCAAGAAAGAGAUAAAGAAACGUGGCGGUGACGGCGACAAAAUCGGCGGUCCAGCUAUUACCGAUAACCUCAGUCCCGAUGAGUGUUGCGCUGAGUUGCAGCGGUUACACGAUAUGGUCAAACAGUUGACAAGACAAAAUGAAUAUUUGCAAAAUAAUGUACAGAAAGCAGCGGAAGAUUAUUGUGCAGAGGCGUUUACGAAAUUGAGAGAAAUGGAGAAGAAAUACAAGAAAUCCCAAGACGAUAUAUCAUAUUUGAAAAGAGAUAAGGAUGCCCUGAAUAUGCAUGCUAUGGAUAAACUGAAUGAGUUCUCUGAUCGUGUGGAUAAAAUGGGUACAGAUGUGGGUAAGGCCGUUAAAGAUACCGCUUAUAUGGAUAAGGACUUGAAAGAAUCUAUGAAAUUGGUGAAGGAAAUAAGUGACAUACAGUUGAAAAAUGUUCAAUUAUCGAAUGCCGUGAAUGCGCUUAAUACACGCGAUGAUCAGAGCAUUAUAGACGAUUUACGACGGCAAUUGCUCGAAGAACAAGCAAAACAUAAGAAGUGCCAGGAAGAAAAUAAAAAGCUAAGAGAACUGCUUGAAAAACGAGGCAUUGAUCCAGAUUUAGCAACUAAGGAUGUCAUGAGAGAAGUAGCGGAUGUGCAGAAGGGUGGCCCUGCCACCGACCUAGACGUUCAAAGGAGUGGUCCUUUCAUUGGUGCAGACGGUCAAAAAGGUAAACCUUCUGGUGCAGGUCAAUUAGCAGGGCCUGAUAAAGGCGGUCCAUUCAUUGGCAAAGAAGAUGAAAAGAAACUUGAGAGCGGCGGCGGUGAAGUGGUUGGUGCUGAUGUUGUAAGAAAAGGUGGUCCUGGCGAAAGUGCAGUUGUUGGACCGGAAGCUGGUAAAAAAGAUGGUCCUGACGUGGCUGAUAUAAGUGGUCCAAGUGCUGUAAGAAAAGACGCGCUUGAUACUGCUGGCGUAAGAGGUCCAGAUGCUAUUAAAGCACCAACGCCUGGUGGCGGGCCUGAAGCUACGCAACCGGUUGCAUCCGGCGCCGUUCCCGGCCCAGCUGCCGCCAAAGCAAUUGGUCCUGCUGAGCGUGGCCCUGGAGCAGGUGGACCUGUUACGGGGGGUCCUGGUGCAGGUAACCCUGCCGUGGGUGGUCCUAGUCCUGUUGGUCUUGCUGCGGGUGGACCUCCAAAAGGUGCGCUAAUUGCAGGCGGUCCUGGAAUUGGUGGUGCGCCUGCCGGUAAUCCUGGUGCAGAUCCCGGUACAAGUGGUCAGCCUUCUGGUGGCCCAGGCACAGCAGCCACUACAGGUGGUACAGGUUACGCUACAAGUGGUCCCGGUGCAGUACCCGCCUCAGGUGGUCCGGCUGCUGGUGUUCCAUCUACCGCUGGUCCUGGUGCAGGUGGCCCUAUUGAGGGUGGUCCUGCUGCGGGAGGGCCUGGUCCAAUUGGACCUGCUGCGGGGGGACCUGUUGCAGGUAAACCGGCUGCUGAUCGUCCUGGUGCAGGUCCCGGCAGAGUUGGUCCAGCUGCCGGGGACCCAGGGACAGGAGACACUACAGGCGUUCCCGGUACAGAUGGUCCGACUGGUGGGGGCUCAGGGACAGGCCCCACUACAGGUGGUCCUAAAGCAGCCCCUUCAGUAGGUGGUCCUGCUGCACGCGGUCCUGGUUUAAGUGCUCCUACUGCGGGUGGUCCUGGUGCCGGUGGUCCUGGUGCCGGUGGCCCGUCUGCCGGUGGCCCGUCUGCCGGUGGCCCGUCUGCCGGUGGCCCGGCUGCUGGUGGACCUGCUGCUGGUGGUCCUGCUGCUGGUGGUCCUGCUGCUGGUGGUCCUGCUGCUGGUGGUCCUGCUGCAGGCGAUCCUGGUGCAAUUGGUCCGGCUGCGAGACGUCCGGGUGCCGCUGGCCCCACUGGGGAUGGUCCUGCUACGGGCGGCCCUGGCGCAGUUGGCCCUGCUGCUGGUAUUCCUGGAGCAGGUGGCCCAGCUGCAGGUGAUCCUGCUGCUGGUGGUCCUGCUGCUGGUGGUCCUGCUGCUGGCGGUCCUGCUGCUGGCGGUCCUGGUGCAUUUGGUCUUCCUGCAGGCGGUCCGAGUGCUGCUGGUCCCACUGGGGGUGGUCCUGGUGCAGUUGGUCCUGCUGUGGGCAGUCCGGGUGCUGCUGGCCCCACUGGGGGCGGUCCUGGCGCAGUUGGCCCUGCUGCUGGUGUUCCUGGUGCUGGUGGCCCUACUGUUAGUAUUCCUGGUGCAGGUGGCCCAGCUGCGAGUGGUGCAGUUCGAAGAGGUGAACCGGUUGUCGCUGAAGGUGGUGCGCCUGCAGGAUAUACAGGAGCCAUUGGUCUUGGAGGCGCUGAUCAAACACGUGGUCCUGGAGAACCGGAUCGAAGUGGUCCAGGCUUAGAUAAAAUUGGUGGUGCAGGUCCCGUAGGCGAUAGCUCCGCAAUCGGUGACGGAGAAAGUGGUGGUAGAACUGACAUUAAACCUGGAAAGGGAGAAGGUAUUGGUGGCGGUGUUCCUGGUAGAGGACCUAUUGGUCGAGGUGCACCCACUUCUGGUGGAGGCAAAAGUCGUAGAGGAAAAGGCGCGGCCGCAUCAGCAGAUUCAGAUGCAUUCCAACAAUUUAUCGACACUAAUGCCAACACAAUGAUUUCGAAUAUAAGGGCAGGCAGUGCACUCGAAAAGGAAUUACGUGCGAUUCUGAAUUCCUUCAUGAUGGAAUGUGGUUUCUGCUUCUGCAAAAGUUUAGUGCCGAAAAGUAAAUUUUACGCACUUUGCCAUAAACUUCUGCACAAUGGCAUUCAGUGCAUGUCUUUCCGCGAAUUGGCAUACAUGCAUAGAAAGAUAUUUAUGGCCGCUGACAAGUUGCAUCCAGGAUGUCUAUUGAACAUGAUAUUAACCGAACUGGGCUUCAAGGAUGGCGAGGGUCUUAAGUGUUGCCAUUGCAAAAACGCUCUCUGUUGCAGCAACUCCGAGGAAAUGCUCAAAGAAAAGGUUAGCAAGUUGGAGCGUGAUAUUGAAAUGGCAAAGGAAUAUUUGGACAGUUUGAAAGGGCAUCCAAAAACGCCGAAAAAUCCCUAUACCUCAACUGGAAAGACAUACAGAAACAUGGAAGAUAACUAUUCAGAAGCCGUAGAAGAGCUUCUAACAUGUCGAGAAACAAGACCUGCUUUGUCCAGAACACACAGCAAACAAAUGAAGACUCUUAAGGCGCGCAUAUUGAAAUGCUCCGAAAUGCUGCGAUGAUUAUUUUACGUAAACGACGUAACGGUCAAUUUCUUUGUUGUGAGCGUACGUUUGAAUUGAAAACAUCCAAACAUACUUUGCUGCAAUAUCUAUUUCUUAGUUUAUUUUUAUAUUUAUUCUACCGAUUAAGGUUGAUUUAAGUUUUUUUUUUUGCAUUUUGUGGCAAAUGGCAUUCUAACCACAAAGAAAUUAUGUGAAUGAAACAUAUUUGUUCGACAAGAGGCAUGAAUUGUCUUUGUUUAAAACAAUUUUAUUAAUUCACCAACUGAGAGCAUCUUUGGAGAAUUAACAGAAUUAUUUUUUACUAAGUUUGCAAUGAUCAGACAUGAUACAGACUUUAUCAAUGAAUGGCCGCCACGUUCACGCAUAUGUAUGUAUACAUAAUUUAGAGGGUUUUCCGAAACAAUAA